CAUAAAUGUUACAAAGUGUGUUUAGAGGAUGGAAUCAGUGGUCAAGAAAAUGAACAUUAGUGACAGUCUGAAACGCAUUGUGCACAUGAAGAAACGAACUGCAUUACUCCUGACCUUUAAAAGAAGUCAAAAUGAUGUGUCGAAUGAUGCAAACUUACAAAGACUCACCUGGAAAGAGCUGCAGGGCCCACGACCUCAUACUCCAUCUUGGAGAAGAUGUCCGCGAUGGUGGCGCGCUCGAAGUCUGUCCAUUCAACCAUUUUGCCGGCUCUGGAUUUUCCUGUGUGAGUCAGUAGAUCUUGUGUUCUCCGGCACUAGGGUCAGCUUUUAAAGCAACCCUGGUCCCCUCCCUUAAGCCUGUGAUUGGCUGGGCGUUGGGCUGGACAAGUACUGUGUUAUAGAUAUGGAACUAUGAUGAGAGAUAGGCGCAUCUGUUCCGCCUGGAUUAUCUCUGAGCCAGAGGAAAUAGUUCGAAAAUAGGUUUUUAUCAGCACCAUGGACAGCGGUCUUGAAAUGUAAGUGCAAAUCGUUGAACCUGAGCUGAACAAGACGGUGCAAACUGCAGGCUGUCCCAUUGAAAGUCUUCAAAUGUUGUCUCAGCUGAACAAAAACACAGAACAAGUCAAAUAUCCCUGAUCCUGCAGGAAAAAAGGCUGCAAUCUCACACACUUCUUGUGCAGCCUAUCUUGGAGGAGGCUCCUGGGCGUGUCAGUGCUCUGUUUUCAGCAUAAAAACCCCUGUAGUUUGGGUUGUUCAGUGCAUUCAGCAAUCAACCAGCAAUAUGACCAGUCUUACUGCUAGAGACAAGGAGACAGUCCGAGCCUUCUGGGCUAAAGUGGGUGGACACGCGGAAGUCAUCGGCGCCAAUGCUUUGUCCAGGUUGCUGACGGUGUACCCGCAGACCAAGACCUACUUCGCCCACUGGAAGGACCAGAGCCCCACCUCUGCCUCUGCCAAGAAGCACGGAAUCACUGUGAUGAACGGAGUUGGAUUGGCUGUGUCCAAAAUCGACGACCUGAAAGGAGGUCUGCUGGACCUCAGUGAGCUGCACGCCUUCACCCUGCGUGUGGAUCCUGCCAACUUCAAGAUUCUGUCCCACUGCAUCCUUGUGGUCAUGGCCAUCAUGUACCCCGAGGAAUUCACCCCUGAGGUCCAUGUGUCUCUGGACAAGUUCCUGGCUGCUCUGGCUCUGGCCCUGGCUGAGAAAUACAGAUAAACAGCAGAAGAAUAUGAUGGAGACU